AUGGAGAACUUCCGCAUUGUGCUGAGCGAAGACCUGCGGGGGGGGAAAGUGCACGCGGAGCUGCGGGCACUCCUAAAGGAGGAGGAGGAACGGGACAAGCAUGAAACGGAGUAUGGCAGGAUGCUCCGGGGGGGGCCCUCCGAAGGGGGUUACCUUCACGAGGGUCACUCGGAAGGGGGUCACUCCGAAGAGGGUUACCUUCAAGAGGGUCACUCCAAAGAGAGGGAGAGGUACCCCCAAACGGGUGGCAAACGCAGGACACCCCUCUUGGAGAGGCGCACCUGCCACAUUUACACGGACUUUCCCUACAAGUCUCACUUCGCGAAGAACCACGAGAGGAAGAACCAGGGGGGCGCCCCUUCGAGUCGCGCGAACGACGCGGCGGACGUGAAUGAUGUGGACGACGCGGAGCUGAGUGGACCCAACCGAGUGGAGGAGACCCCCCCGCCGAGGGACCUCCACCUAGCGCUGAUCCUCGUCAUCAUCGAUGAGGAUUACAUGGAAGAGGAGCACCCCCUCGUGCGGACCGCCAUUCUGAGCAAAAUAAAAAAAAUACAAAAAGCGUAUGACCAUGUUAAGGUCAUUUGCCUCUUCAUAGGAGUGCGUGAAUAUAUAAGUAGAACCAGCUGCAGCGAAGAGGAUGGUGGGUCCUUCCACAGGAGGAGUGUCCCAGAGGGGGGACCCAACCCACUUGAUGGAGGACACCCCAAGAUGAACGCAAAGACGUUUGAUAGACUCAUCGCGACCCUUCUUGUUCGCCACCAAGUGGAUUCCAUCGAGAUGGAAAACGACAAACGCCUGCACAUGUUCAUAUUUAAAUGCUGCCGGUAUCUGCACAUGUCCAAAGUUCGGAAGGCCAAUUCGUACUUUAAGGUGAAGCCGGCCGGGCUCAGCCAGCUCAGCCGGGGGAAGCUCAACGGGGGGGAGCGCAAUGAGGAGCUGAGCCGGGAGGAGCCUAAUGAGGAGCUCAGCCGGGAGAAGCUUAAUGAGGAAGAGCUGGGCCGGGUGAAGCUUAACGAGGAGCUGGGCCCGCCGCCUCCCGGGGCGCCGCUCGAACGAAGGCAACUCUCCACGUGGGUCUCCCAGCUGAUGCAAAUCAGCGGCCUGUCCGAAGAUGCCUCCAUAAAAAUCGCCCAGACCUUCCACACCCCCUUCGACUUAAUUAUGCACUUCAAAAAAAAAAACGAUGAAGAGUGCCUAAAGGAUUUUAUGAUCAGCUCGUCCUACGGGGACCGCCGCCUGGGCAGGGCCCUCUCGCGCAAAGUGUUUCGCGUUUUCUCCCCCGGCGCCCAUCCCCACAGCUACGUUUCGUAG